AUGUUGAGUCCAGAAAUUUGGGAUUUUCCAGUUCUUACUCCACAAAUUCGUAACUCAUAUUGUAAUUCUGACGAAGAGAUAUUUUCAAAAAUCAAAAAGCAAUUAUUUAAUCAUCAUAUUUCAGUUACGUUACCAAACACAUUAACAGCACCUAAUGAAUUAAUUUAUUCCCUUACGGAGGAUUGUCAAUACUACAGAAUUAAUGCUGUUCCAGUGAGUGAAAUUUUUAACAAAAAUUUUAUAGAUUUAUUUAUUGUAAAAGGUAGUUUAACACUUAUAAGCAUUAAUACUUUAUCUGAUCAAGAUGACAGGUUAGCUUUUAUUUCAAGUGGAAAGUUAAUCUUGACUUUGAGUAAAAAAUCUUCUGAAGAAAUCGGAAUUGAUAGCACCCUUAAAAAUGUUACUAAAAACAAACAUAAUUUGUAUAUUAAAACAUGCCCAUCAUCGAUAGCUCUUUAUUUCUGCAAGAAGGGGUAUAAAGUUACAACAUGCAAUAUUGAUGUUAAAAAAAAACUCAAUUAUAAUGUUCAAGUUCCUAUUUAUGAUGAAGAAACUGAUCCGGAUAGUUUACUUGAAUGGCUUGGUGCUUUUAAUUUGCAAUGUAACAUAAAAAUAGUCGAUGAAAAAAUUUUUAACUGGAUCGGAUUAGUUAUAAAUGGAUUUACUGGAAGUUUAUUAAGCCAUAAAAAUAACCUUACAUUUACAUUAGUUGAAGACCAUUAUCAUGCUUUUAUUUUUAAAUCAGAUAAACCCACAUUAACUCAAUUUUUUUCUGUUAUGGAAAAUUAA